AUUUUUUUGCUAAUCAUACUCAACAAUCUACACUCUUCAUUAUACUCUUCAUCAAAGAUAUUCGAGACUAUUACGAGACUAUACCUAACCUCCAGCACAAUUACCCCUUUAUUUUUCCUAUAAUUAACAGACAUCAAAAUGGCACCAGGCGUCCUCGUCGAUGACACCGCAAGCCGAAGCGGGCUUGAGCUUGAGGAGACUUCCGACCACAUCGACGCAGUCAACGUGCUGAAGGCAAAAUCCAAGUUCGACUCUGAGUCACAGUUCGACACAGAGAAGGAUAAAACACAGUUCAGACAGUUCGAAGAGGCAUGCGACCGGGUAAAGAACUUCUACCGGGAGCAGCAUGAGAAGCAGACGGUGGCGUACAACCUCAAGGCGCGCAACGACUUCAAGACCCGGAAGCGGGAAGAGAUGACCGUCUGGGAGGCUAUGGAGAAGCUCAACACGCUGAUCGACGAGUCCGACCCGGAUACCAGCCUCUCGCAAAUCCAGCACCUGCUCCAGUCCGCGGAGGCCAUCCGCCGCGACGGCAAGCCCCGCUGGAUGCAGCUCACAGGCUUGAUCCACGACCUCGGCAAGCUGCUGUACUUCUACGGCUCCCAGGGCCAAUGGGACGUCGUCGGCGACACGUUCCCCGUGGGCUGCGCCUUCGACGAGCGCAUCAUCUACCCGGACACCUUCGAGAGCAACCCCGACUCCAAGGACCCGAUCUACAGCACCAAGUUCGGCAUCUACUCCCCCGGAUGCGGCAUGGACAACGUGAUGCUCUCGUGGGGCCACGACGAGUACCUAUACCACGUCGUCAAGGACCAGUCGACCCUGCCUCCCGAGGCCCUGGCCAUGAUCCGCUACCACUCGUUCUACCCGUGGCACAAGGAGAACGCGUACCGCGAGCUGAUGGACGAGCACGACGAGGAGAUGCUCAAGGCUGUGCGCGCUUUCAACCCGUACGACCUGUACAGCAAGAGCGACGGCAUCCCCGACGCCGAGACGCUGAAGCCGUAUUAUUCGGAGCUGAUCGACGAGUUUUUUCCUCAGAAGGUUGUCAAGUGGUAGAAUAUUACUUAUAGCGUCGCAUCCUGCGCGAAUGGCUGGAUGAUUUUUUUCUUUUGUACUGUAUCGAUUUAGCGUUUUCAUGGGUGUUUUGGGAUAAGGCGGUGAUGGUAUGGCGAGCGGGAUACAUCAUUCCCCUCGACGCUUCUUGUCAUUGCCGAGGUAUGGCACCUAUAUUAGGGCCUGGAUUGGCUGGCUUUUUAUUCCAGUCGGGACAGAGAUUGAACUGUGGUUUUAAAUCUGUAGAGUAUUCUCACAAAAAAUACCACUACACUCUUUGCAUAGGUACCUAUUCAUAUGAUUCGUA